GAGACCGGCCUCUUCGACGGAUUUAUUAACCCUACAAAGACCGACGAAAUAGAUAAUCUCACAAAUCUCUCUCCCUACGAUUCACAAUGGCGAGCAACGGAGUGAAGGACACGACUACGGCGGAGAAUGGCUCGGGGCUUACUAAGAAGAUCCUCGACCUCAACACGGCGGAGCCAGAUGACAUCCUCGACGGAGGAGAAGUCAAGGGAUUAUUAUCGGAUUCUGCUGAUGUUUCCGGUGAGAAGAAGGAAGAAUCCGACUCCAAGGCUAUUGGAGCUGGUUCUGGUGAUGUAUCAUCUCCCGUCGAUGAUGUUCAGAAGAAGAUUCGACGUGCCGAGAGGUUUGGCGUUUCUGUGAAGCUAACCGAAGAGGAGAAACGCAAUUCUCGUGCUGAGAGGUUUGGGACUGUAGCAGCAGCGGUGAAAGGCUCAGAGGGAACGAAGAAAGCUGAGGAGUUGAAGCGAAAGGCUAGAGCUGACAGAUUUGGGGUUCCUGCAUCAUCAUCAUCCACUACUAAAGCUGAUAACACUGAGGAAGAGGCCAAGAAGAAAGCUAGGCUCGCUCGUUUCGGGAAGGAUACUAAAGCUGAUUCGGCUGAGGAAGAUAAACGCAAAGCUAGGGCAUUGAGGUUUUCAAAGCCUGCUUCUGAUUCAUCUUCAGAGUUACCUGGGAAGCUUAACGUUGGCAAGGAGGCAGCAGGAAACGCUGCAUAAGGUUCCUGAAUAAGGUUCCUUCUAUCUUUUUAGUUAGGUAGUGUUCUAGCGUUUUAUGAUUCCCUCUCUGGCUGCUUGAUUCUCUCUUUAUGUUUCUGCAUUAGAAGUCCCCCGUAGGUAGCGUCUUUAUUAAGGUCGAAGUUUGGUCGUGGAGUUAUGUGGUCAUGCAAUGGUUCUCUCAGAUGGACGGAAGCUAAACUGUCACCAGAUGAGAUCAUGAGAAACCAAUAAAGUAACCUAUAGUUCUGAUUGUCUUAGAAAAGCAAAUGUGUUAGGACCUCGGAGUUCUGAAGUGGCUCGUUUUGAUGUUUUUCAUGUUGCAGGUGCUUGAAUUGGUAAGUUAGAAUGAGUAGUGCCUUUAUUUCGUUAAACUAUUUGGAAAUGUGGAUGGUCUUUCUGGCACUUGGCAUCAAUAGAGAUUGUUAUAUGAUGUUCUUGAGAAUGUGUUCCUAGGCUUGUUAGAAAUUAGUAAUGUUGAAUCUGUUGAUUGCUUUUGAGUUCUGAGAAUGCCUAUUUUGCUAGCUUAUCCAUCAAAAGUAUAUUGCAAAACGGUUGUUUGGUUUGCUUAUUAUUCAUAUGACUUGUCAAGCCGCUACUUCAGAAUUCCUUUGCUAUCUAAGACUUAUCAUUAGAACUAUAGAAGUGCUUGUUGGUUUCCAUAUCUCUGGUCUCUAUGGCAGUGGAAGCGAAGGGACGUUGAAUCUCUGUUCGUGGGACUGGGACUUUGCUGGCUUUCUGAUGCUACACAAUUUCUUAUGCGUCUGUAAUAGUUUUUAGAUAAAACUUUGUUGUAUAACUUUGGAUCAAGCGCCAGAAAACUUUUUAUUGAGGGAAUACAACAUUCAGUUUUACUUAUU